GGCAUUUUAUUUUUCUUUCUCUUGGGAUUUUCUCCAUUGCCAGAGGAUGUCUCUUGUUGAGAGGAUGCUGAAAGGAAGAAGAAACGAAUUCUUUGACUGGCACUGAAGGAGCGGGGGGGUAUUUUUCCCCCUCAUUUUUUAGGUUUUUUUCAUUAUUCUUUUUCUCUCGGAAAUCAUUAACUGGGGGGGGGGUUGGUUUCUUUUUUCCCUCCCCCCCUUUUUUUGGAGGGGGAUUUCAGAAGAUCCAUCUUUCUUUCCCCUCCCCUCCAAAGAUUUUUUUUUUCUCCUUCGUCUUUGUGGAAAUGUGGACAUUUCAGGCAGACAGAUUGAGUGGAAUUGUCUCUGCUUUAGCAGCUCUUUGUGUCGCCUGCUGUGCGCAAAGCCCCUCCACUGGAAAUAUUUCUGUGGUGAAAGAGAUCGUGGACAAACUGCUGAAGGGCUAUGACGUCCGCCUCAGGCCCGACUUCGGAGGUAACCCUGUCACAGUGGGAAUGAGCAUCCACAUCUCCAGCAUUGACCAGAUCUCUGAAGUCAACAUGGAUUACACCAUCACCAUGUACUUCCAGCAGAGCUGGCGGGACAAACGCCUGGCCUACAACGACCUUCCUCUCAACCUGACCCUGGACAACCGGGUGGCUGACCAGCUGUGGCUGCCUGACACCUACUUCCUGAACGACAAGAAGUCCUUUCUGCACGGGGUGACGGUGAAGAACCGCAUGAUUCGGCUCCAUCCUGACGGGACUGUCCUGUACGGCCUCAGGAUCACCACCACGGCCGCCUGCAUGAUGGACCUGCGGAGGUACCCGCUGGACCAGCAGAACUGCACGCUGGAGAUCGAGAGCUAUGGUUACACGGUGGAUGACAUUGUCUUCUUCUGGCAAGGGAAUGACUCUGCUGUCACGGGGAUGGAGGUGCUGGAGCUGCCCCAGUUCACCAUCAUCGAGCAGAGGCUGGUCAGCAGGGAAGUGGUCUUCACCACUGGUUCGUAUCUGCGCUUAUCCCUGAGUUUCCGGAUUAAGAGGAACAUUGGUUACUUCAUCCUGCAGACCUACAUGCCAUCCAUCCUCAUCACCAUCCUGUCCUGGGUCUCCUUCUGGAUCAACUAUGAUGCUUCUGCUGCGCGAGUGGCACUGGGGGUCACCACGGUGCUUACCAUGACAACCAUCAACACCCACCUGCGGGAGACUCUGCCCAAGAUCCCCUACGUCAAGGCUAUUGAUGUUUAUCUCAUGGGCUGCUUCGUCUUCGUGUUCCUGGCACUCCUGGAAUAUGCUUUUGUCAACUACAUAUUCUUCGGCCGAGGGCCCCGGCAGCAGAAGAAGCAGAGCGAGCGCGUCAGCAAGGCCAACAACGAGCGCCACCGUUACGAGGAGAAGAGGGUGAGAGAGCAGGUUGACCCUUACGGUAACAUCCUCCUCAGCACGCUGGAGAUGAACAACGAGCUGCUGGCCACGGACAUGAUGAGCAGCGUGGGCGACUCUCGAAACUCUGUCAUGUCCUUCGAAGGCUCAGGAAUCCAGUUCCGCAAGCCGCUGGCCUCUCGGGAUGGCUUUGGCCACCACCCGACCCUGGACCGCCACGUCCCGCUGACCCACCACGCCGCCGCCCGCAACCGCGCCAACUGCCGCCUGCGCCGGCGGUCGUCCAAGCUGAAGCUCAAAAUCCCAGACCUGACAGACGUCAGCACCAUUGACAAGUGGUCACGGAUCAUUUUUCCAAUCACUUUUGGAUUCUUCAACCUUGUUUACUGGUUGUACUAUGUAAAUUGAUGCCUGCGGCCUCCGAGAGAGAUAAUAGGGACAGACACUCAGACAAUGACAACACAGGAGUGUUGCGGUCUUUUGGGUUUGGGUUUUACUCUUUACUAUCAUUGUCAUUUAUUCCUAUGGUUCAUUAGAUUUAUUCUAAGCUUACUCUUCUCUUUUCAGCACAUGUAGAACCACGGAGUGUGGGGUGGGGUAAAG